UGACAAGCAAAUUUUUCACGACUCAACGUAAAGCAACCGCUUAAUAGCUUGUUUGACGUAUUGCUCAAUUCUUCAGAUACUGAAAGUGUAAAAGUAUGAUUCCCGCUAAGAGAGAUCCCUGCUGCAAAUGUAUAAUGGAUAUAUAGUCUGAAAUUACCAGGGUAAUUUCAUGUUGCAAGACCAGUACCGAAGGAACGUAUUGCGAAAAAUGAGUGAGAUUACUCCAAUGAAUGAUGUACCUGAGAGCAACGGUACGAUGGAGCAGCCUGCUUACAACGGUGAAACGGAGGAACACGCUGUCAAAUCUCCAGUAAGUACAGAAGAGAAAGCACCAGAUUCAGUGUGUGACAAUGGCGUAAAGAGGGGUGCCACCACCACUGGCAACACAAAUAGAACGAAGAAACGUAAAAAAGCCCCGAGAGACGCUACUGCGCCAAGACAACCUCUGAGUGGUUACUUUCUGUUUUUAAACGAUCGGAGAGAGAAAGUUCGACAUCAGAAUCCAAGCUUGACAUUCACAGAAAUUACGAAACUUCUGGCUGCAGAAUGGAGUAAAUUGCCAGUUGAUCAGAAACAGCAUUAUUUGGAUGCAGCUGAACAAGACAAAGAACGCUACAAUCGCGAAUUUAGUGAUUAUAAGCAAACAGAAGCAUACCGGCUGUUUAACGAAAAACAAUCAGAGAGACAAAAUGAAAAUAAGAAGGAAAGAAACGGCACGGAUGUAAACACCGAACAGAAUGACGUUCAGCAAGGCUUCGACAUCCCUAUUUUUACAGAAGAAUUCCUAGAUCAUAACAAAGCUUGUGAGGCUGAAUUAAGACAAUUACGGAAAGCUACGUCUGACUACGAAGCUCAAAAUGCGGUUCUGCAACGACACGUAGACAGUCUGCAUGCAGCCGUGAGUCGCUUGGAGUCCGAAACUACUCAACAACGAACGACUAAUCAAGCUCUGCAGCGUCAUUUGGAUUCUCUUCGUUCUCAGCUAGCAGGCUGCUUCGCCACUAUACCGCUUCCAGGCGAGGGAGACACCGCUAUUGUAGAACUUCUCUUAUUAAACGGUGCAGCAGUCAACAGUAAAGAUAAGAAAUGGUUGACUCCCUUGCAUCGAGCCUGUUGCUCGGGAAAUUACAAUGUAGUGGAUGUUUUAUUAAGAUACAAAGCAGACGUAAAUGCUCGAGAUCGUAGUUGGCAGACACCUCUUCAUGUAGCAGCUGCAAAUAACGCUGUGCAAUGCAUAGAACUUUUAAUGCCACAUUUAUUAAAUAUCAAUGUUUCAGACAGAGGCGGAAAAACAUGUCUUCAUCAUGCGGUGUAUAACGGACAUCUUGAAAUGUGCGAAUAUUUAAUGCAAUUUUGUUGCGCGAUAAACGCCUCCGACAAGAAAGACCGAAGGGCUUUGCAUUUCGCGGCGUACAAAGGUCACAACGAAAUUGUGAAAGCGCUAAUAGCCAAAGGCGUUGAAGUCGAUGUUAAAGAUCGAGAUUUAUAUACUCCGUUACAUGCAGCAGCUGCUUCUGGUAAUGUAGAAUGUGUGCACAUUUUAAUCAAAGCAGGCGGUGAUAUCGAGGCCAAGAACGUGUACGGAAAUACACCAUUGCAUAUCGCAUGUUUGAACGGAUGUCCGCUCGUGAUCAAGGAGCUUAUAGCUAAUCGCGUUAAUUUAGAGGCCGUAAAUUAUCGAGGGCAGACCGCGUUGCAUGUUGCUGCUGCCAGCGUACAUGGUGUUCACUGUUUCAAGAUGCUGAUCUACAAUGGAUUAAAGGUCAACGUUCAGUCGGAAGACGGUCGUACACCUUUGCACAUGACUGCGAUCCACGGAAGAUUUACAAGAUCCAAAACAUUGCUAGAUGCAGGAGCUUUUCCAGAUGCAAGAGAUAAGAAUGGAAAUACAGCAUUGCAUAUUGCCGCCUGGUUUGGCUUCGAGUGUCUGACGACAUCUCUAUUGGAAAGCGCUGCAUCCCCAGCUACACGCAACGCACAGCAACGUACACCGUUGCAUCUGAGUUGCCUAGCGGGACAUAUAGAAGUCUGUAGAAAAUUAUUGCAACUCGAUAGUAGGCGAAUUGACGCGCGAGAUAUCGGUGGCAGGACAGCUUUACAUUUGGCAGCAUUUAAGGGUUCUGUAGAUUGCUUGGAUCUGCUGUUGUCUAGCGGUGCUAAUUUCCGUCUUGUCGACAACGACAAUCGAUUGGCUCUUCAUCAUGCUGCAUGUCAAGGACAUUACCCUUGUGUCUUUACUCUGGUUGGGUUCGGUAGCGAUUCGAACGCUCAAGACGUAAAUGGCGCAACGCCAUUACACUUGGCUGCAGCGGCAUCGAAUUCUAAUGCUCAAUCUUUCAAGUGCGUGCAGUACUUACUGCAGCAUCGGGCAGAUCCACGUUUACGCGACAAACGCGGUUUUACUGCGAUCCAUUACGCGGUAGCGGGUGGCAACAAAGCGGCACUAGAAGCGCUUCUGAAUGCGUCGUCGUCGCCUUCGAAUUUGACCGCUUCGCUUAACUCCUCGACUGGUCAGGAGCCAUCCCUACCGGCACUCACUCCAAUACAUCUCGCGGCGUAUCACGGUCACGACGAGAUCUUGCAGCUGCUUCUGCCCUUGUUCCCUAAUACGAAUAUCAAGGAAGACAGCGGAAAGACACCGUUAGAUUUGGCUGCCUACAAGGGGCAUAAACAGUGCAUCAUAUUCUUGUUGCGAUUUGGCGCUUCUGUGGCAGUGCAGGACUCCGUUACGAAACGCACGCCUGUGCAUUGUGCCGCUGCCACAGGUCAUGCGGAUUGCUUGGCUCUUCUUCUGCAGAACAUGGAUGAUCCCAACGUUGUAAAUUGUUACGACUCCAAACAACGCACUGCUUUAACGCUGGCGGUAGCGAACAACUUUCCGGAGUGUGCGAUGUUAUUGUUGACGUAUAAGGCCGACUGCAAUUUGCCGGAUGUCAAUAAGCACACGCCACUAUUUCGCGCUGUGAUCAACGAACGUGAUAAUCAGCUAGUGAAACUGUUAUUGAAGCAUGGCGCCCAAGUAGCUGUGCAAGAUGUGAACGGUAAAACUCCGUUACAUUUAGCAGCGGCUUGCGGCAGAUUAUACGCUUUGGCUGCACUCGUUAAAGCCGAUUUGACCGCGGCGGCUUUGAAGGACGAUCAAGGCUGCACGGUGCUCCACUGGGCUUGUUACAAUGGCAAUUCGAAUUGUGUGGAAUAUCUUUUGAAUCAUAACGUCUUUGAUUCCUUGGAAGGUAAUCCGUUUUCUGCCGUACAUUGCGCUGUAUAUCAGGGAUCUGCGCACUGUCUAGAUUUGUUGAUUAACAAAUUUGGCGGGCAAGCGGUUGCUGCUCCAAGGGAUUCAUCGUGUGGUUUAUUACCCCUGCAUAUCGCGGCGAGCGCAGGAUCCGUUGAGUGCGCGAGAUUAAUUCUGAACUCCGUCGGGCCGGAACUAGCCGGUCUCGAGACGACUGACUAUUUCGGUCGGACGCCACUUCUUUGCGCAGCUGUCAAUGGGCAGUGCAACGCUAUCGAAUUGUUGCUCGAAUGGAAAGCUGACGUGCGCGCUGUUGACUCCAAUAAGAAUACCGCACUGCACUUAGCGUGCCAGAGACGUCAUUCCGCUGCAGCGUCAUUGCUUCUAAAUUGGAUUGAGUCACUCGGCAGCUCCGAUACCGACAAGAACACGACACAAUUGCAGCGCGUUUCUGUUAUUAACAUGAUCAACAAGCAGCAAAGAACGCCAUUGCAUCUGGCAGCGAGAAAUGGUCUCGUGACGAUUACGCGACGAUUAUUGCAAUUGGGUGCAAGUGUCAUAGCUGUCGAUGCUGAUGGACUCACGCCCGCAUUAGCCUGUGCUCCAAAUCCGGCAGUGGCCAAGUGUUUAGCGACUAUCCUCUCCGCACAGGGUCAAAACGGGGAAACCACGCAAUACUCGCCGGCUAUUCAACAUACGUUGGAGGUAUAUCUGAACGGCGUGGACUCGCAACACAGCUCUGACUCGGAGUUUUACUGACAACGAGUGUCUGCACGCUCGGAUCGCCAAAUAUUCCGAGCGAGAAUGAACGUCGGCUCGAGACGCGGCUACAUCGACGCCGCUAGACUGAUCUUGAUGAGCUGCUGGCUCUUUUCCGUUCUAGCAUAAUUUAGCUUCGACGUGCCGGGUGAGGUUGCCGUAUAGGCGGAUCUCCCAUGGUGGCUAGCGUAAAUCAUGACAAUACUGGUGUCUGUGCUAUCGAGAAACUCGAUAGAGCAGCUAAUCGACUGCCAAGAGGGGUAUGGAUGUAUGUAUGUUAACCAGUUACUUAUAUAUAAUAGUCGAUAAACUUAGGCAUACUUAGGAAAUGAUCGAGUUGUACAGAGUAUUCAAAGUCAACUUUCUGUUUGUGGAAUUAGGCAUUCGUGAAGUAUAAUAUUGUCUUAUAAAAAUCCAGUGUUAUAAUUUUAUUUUAAAAUCUGUCAAUUAGAAAGAAUGUACGAUGAUAUUUCAGGGAUAUUAUGUGCGUAUAUCAUCCAAUAUCGAUCGCAUUAUGCAAUGUCCGUAUGAUUAAUGAUCGAUAGAAUGAUUAAUGCACUAAAGCUUGGGAGGACGCCCGCAUGAAAUUCGGGAGAUCCGGAUUUGAAUCCCGGCUGAAGUAAUAUUUUUCGCAAUAAAUUAUUUACAGUGUUUUCAAAAUACUUAUUAGCAUCAAUUAUUAAUAGCUUUUUAAGAUGCCGAAUUGCAUUAAUAAUAUUAAAUUGCUUGUCAAUUUAAUUUGUGAUAUUAUUACUUUAGCUUCGGUUUAAGACUGUGUUUCAAGACCGAUGAAUAAUCGACGCACAGUUUGCUUGAACUGGAAAUUGUAUAAAUACACAAGAAAUAUUAUUAAGCACGAAGAACCGCCUUGAUGGCAUUUUUCAUUCAUGUGCACUAAUGUCAAUAAUUUUCCUUGACUAUUUAUGUAACUAGAGUAUUCUAAGACGGGUUCAUCUGACAAUGAGAUAUUACCGUAGGGCGUAUCUUUUUCAUUAGAGAGAGUACAAAAUUUUGCCAUUAGCACUCAAUUAUCUUCCUCUAGAACAUUAUUCCACGUAUUGAAAUUAAUUUACUUUUAACUCGAGCAAAAUAUCAGGAUUACAUGAUAUCUAUUUUUCUCUCUUAAAUAUCUUACAUAUAGAUAUGUAUCUCUCUUCUACAUAACUGAGAACGAGAUGUAGCUUUGUCGCACACAUUUGUGCAGUUUUCAUCUCUUGUAGCCUACAACAUCUAAUAUAAUUAACACACACGUGUAUAUAUAUAUAUAUAUAUACACA